AUGGAAACAACGACGACGACGGUGACGUCGCCGACGGAGGUGAAGAUGAGGAAGACGGAGAGAGACGGUGUUUCGGAUGGAAGUACUGGAAGCCAGAGUAGUAGUAGUGGUGGCGACGGAGGAGGAGAGGAGGGGGGAUUCGUGUGUAUUCAGGUUGGGUGUAUCAUUUGGGGACGAAUUCGAUCGGGCAUCAGUUCAUUUGAGUGUUGCACUGGAGUGUUGGACGCUUUGAGGAGCUUGAAAGUUGGAAUUGUACCUGCAGUUGAAUUUGCUGUUGUAGUUGAGAAACCUAUUAGGAAGGGUGUAAUAGGGCCUACGCUUAUGGUAGAGGAGCUGGGGCGUCGAAAAGUCAAUCAUGGGGAUGUUUAUGUUGUACGGUUUUACAAUCGAUUGGACGAGACAAAAAAAGGAGAA